UAUUGUACAACGAAAAAAUGUUUGUUUGGCCCAACGAAAACUGUCAUUAUAAAGUUAUAUUUAACCAUAAAGUUUUUAUUUGUGUAAUUUCGUUGUGCUUUAUAUUAAGCUAUAGAAUUAUUUUUAAAGUUAUAAUGUCUGAACUUCAGUCAUCAUUACUGUUAAAGAAACAACUGGCAGAACUCAAUAAGAAUCCAGUGGAAGGAUUCUCAGCUGGUUUAAUUGAUGAAAACGAUAUUUUCCGCUGGGAAGUCUUAAUAAUAGGACCACCAGAUACGCUGUACGAAGGAGGUUUCUUUAAAGCACAUCUUUACUUCCCCAAAGAAUAUCCAUUGCGUCCACCACGAAUGAAGUUUGUUACAGAAAUUUGGCAUCCAAAUAUCGAAAAAAAUGGAGAUGUUUGUAUUUCAAUUUUACAUGAGCCUGGAGACGACAAAUGGGGCUACGAAAAAGCAUCGGAGCGCUGGUUACCCGUGCACACAGUGGAAACUAUCUUGAUAUCUGUAAUAUCAAUGUUGGCAGAUCCUAACGAUGAGUCUCCAGCUAAUGUUGAUGCUGCUAAGGAGUGGCGAGAAUCCUAUACCGAUUUUAAACGCAAAGUUGCUCGUUGCGUCCGGAAAAGUCAAGAGGAAUGCUCGUGAAGCUGGUCGCCUAUAUUUGUAUAUUUAUAUUAAACAUUUUAUACAUUAAAAGGAUUAAAUGAAUUAUGUAGGCAUA